CAAAACGGCACCACUUCACCACUAUCUUCUUCUUCUUUCUCAAGUGCGUCUCCCACUCUCCACUUCCACUCACGGCGGCGUAUCUUUCCAAUUUUCCAAACUAAAACUUAAAACAGCCAAUCAUGUCAAUUUCCAUUCUACAACAGCCAAAAUUCCAACAAUGCCCUUCUCCCUUCACUUCCUCAUCUUCUUCACUAUUCCCCACCUCUCCCUCAUUUCGCAUAAUCACGCUAAAACCUGCAAUUCAACCUCUUAAACAGUAUCAGAACCAGUCAAUCACGUGCUGUUUGUCGCAGCAAUCGCACGUGUCGGUCGUUAAUGGAACGAUUGAUAGUAAAGUUUCGGAGAGGAAUGAGAUUCGUCUCGGCUUGCCUAGUAAAGGUCGCAUGGCUUCUGAUACUCUUGAUCUCCUCAAGGAUUGUCAAUUGUCUGUCAAGCAAGUUAAUCCAAGGCAAUAUGUGGCAGAAAUUCCGCAGCUCUCCAACUUAGAAGUAUGGUUCCAGCGACCCAAAGACAUUGUACGGAAAUUGUUAUCAGGCGAUUUGGACCUUGGAAUUGUGGGGUUGGAUACAGUUAGUGAAUAUGGGCAGGGGGAUGAAGAUCUCAUCUUUGUUCAUGAUGCUCUUGAGUAUGGAGAUUGCCAUUUAUCAAUUGCAAUUCCUAAAUAUGGCAUCUUUGAAAAUGUAAAUUCACUGAGGGAGCUAGCACAAAUGCCUCAAUGGACUGCUGAAAGGCCCCUACGAGUUGCGACAGGCUUCACUUAUCUGGGUCCUAAAUUUAUGAAAGAAAAUGGUUUGGAGCACGUGAUAUUUUCAACUGCUGAUGGGGCAUUGGAAGCUGCUCCUGCGAUGGGAAUAGCUGAUGCUAUUUUGGACCUUGUGAGUAGUGGAACAACUUUGCGAGAAAACAAUCUUAAAGAAAUCAAAGGUGGGGUUGUACUUGAGAGCCAGGCUGUUCUUAUUGCAAGCAAGAAAUCCUUGAUGCAGCGGAAAGGUGCGUUGGACACGGUACAUGAAAUUCUUGAAAGGUUGGAGGCACAUUUAAGGGCAGUUGGUCAGUUCACGGUGACUGCAAAUAUGCGAGGAAGUAGUGCAGAAGAAGUGGCUGAGCGUGUUCUAAGCCAGCCAUCGUUGUCUGGCUUGCAGGGCCCUACUGUAAGUCCAGUUUUUAGUAAACGUGAUGGAAAGGUUACACCAGAUUACUAUGCCAUAGUCAUAUGUGUCCCGAAAAAGGCAUUGUACAAGUCUGUACAGCAGUUGAGAGCAAUUGGAGGCAGUGGGGUUCUAGUUUCUCCUUUAACCUACAUCUUUGAUGAAGAGACUCCAAGAUGGCGUCAGCUUCUUUCAAAACUCGGGCUGUAGAUCUAUGCGGUUUUUGAUGAUUACUUUUCUUAGGCAAUGCUUACUUCUUCAAAUACUUGGGCUGCUCAACUGGUACAUCAACUUAUGUCAACUAGCACCCAAUGCAGCAGGUUCAGUUUUUGUAUUUUAAUUUUUAUGUGUAUCAUUAUGUCAUGAUUUUGAACUCUAAACUCCUAUAUUUUUUCUCUUUGUUUUUUGUUUAAAGUUUUGUGAUUUUGUGAUCCUUUUCCUUGCCCUUA